CGGAAGAAAAAUACGUCAACUACGUUGUCUUGUCAGCUGGCGCUUGUGACAAGUUAACUCUAUUACGAAUGAAAAUUUAAUUAGAAAAAAUAGUUAACAUUCGAAGCUGAAAAGUAAAUUUGUCUGAUAACGGCUCCCAGCCGUCAAGCGCGGGAAGAAAGUGAAAAUAAGCUAAUAUAAUGGAAAACCGUCCAAUCUACGUGUUCUUCGUUACUUUUGUGUUAUUAUGGACCCAAUCCGAGGCACAAUCGUACGACGACAAAAGAUGCAAAUGUAUUUGUCCGAGCAUUUCAUCGGUUAUAAAUACGACACAACCAUCGCCGAUUCGCCUCAAUUUCAUUUCGAACGUCCCACCUGACAGCUGUAACUGCGAAGGAGUUAUUUUACCCAAGAUCAAAGCACAACUUAUGGGACAGGAGAAAAUAUUUUGUCCUAGAUGCGAAUGCAAGUAUGAGAAUCGCAACACCGCCAUUAUCAAGUUUGUUGUGAUAAUAGUGAUUUGGGUGAUAUCGCUCCUGGUAAUUUACAUGCUAUUCCUGAUAUGUCUGGAUCCGCUGUUGAACAAGAGAAUUCACAAGGCGGCGGCAGGAGCGGGUUAUCUAGAGCAUACAAACGAAGAGGAUGAUUCAACUCUUGCUCCAGGUACAUCACACCCUAUGGGUGUGCGUGGGAAUGUUUUGAAUCGCGUGGGUCAUCAGCAAGACAAGUGGAAGCGUCAAGUGAGAGAGCAACGACGUAACAUUUACGAUCGUCAUACAAUGCUCAAUUGAACAAGAAAAAAAAUAAGACAGAGGAAUUAAAAGAGGGAAAACGAAACAAUUGUACAGUUAUUAUAUUAUUAACAUUUAAUCGUAACGUGAAAGAAAAAGAGCGAGAAAAAACGAAGAGAGAGAAAAAGGGAAGUGAAACAAAAUAAAGAUUUGAAGCGAGUUAUUUACUUAAAAUUUACAAUGUCGUUGACACUUGACAGCGAACCGAAAGAGCCAGAAAAAUAAAGGUUUCAAUCGAAUCGUUAUAGAAAA